GCCGAUUCUGCGACCUGAGCGUUAACUACCUGUAACUGAGUGACACAAACAUCUUUCAUCUGCUCAUAUUCCCACCCCCACGACACGACGACACAACGACCCUCUUCCACCACCUGCCCAGCACGGCCCAUUCUGUCCAGUGAUUGUUUUGCCUUCUCCACGAGCACUACCUGUACCUGACCUUACUACUACCACCGGCGAGCAGCACGCGCACCGCUGUGAUACUAAUGUUUGCUUCAUCAUGCGCGACCAGGUCAACACCUCCUCCGCGUACAGCACACAUGCCAUGCCCAUGCCCAUGCCGCAGUACUCGCUGAUGGCGGACCGCCCUUGGGCUGAGCAGCCAGCACGUAAAUCAUCAGCUCCUUCCGCCUCCAUUUACAGUGAGGACGACUACCAGACCAUCCCCAGAGACUCUGCCAUGCAAGAUAUCCUACCUCUGAGGCUCUACAAGGAUAAGCACCCCCACUACUCGACCACACAGGAAAUCCCCGAUCAUGGCCCGCAACAAGUCCGGCACUCGAGGCUUCCUCUUUUCAAGCAGGUCCGGUCCAUGCUCCACAAGCCAUCGAAGUUGGACAUGUCGCGCAUCGGUCGUCCUCGGGAAAGCAGCCAGAGCAGCACGUCAGAAGUCCCAGAUGUGAAGCAUCCUUCUCGACAGCCCUCUCGAGAUACAUAUGAGGUCCGCAGACAUUGGCCGGAGCAGGAUAGCUCGAGUUCCAAGGAAACCUCUCCCAUCUCUGCGCUGAGGGACAGUGACAUGGAAAGAGCAAUACCACCCGGAAGUGAUUGGCAGACCAUCGACGAAUAUGAAUGUACACCUGACUCGGAUGUCGCCGACUUUGCAUACCACGGACAAAACGCUCCAAGUCAGGUUUCAGCUAAUGCUCGUGCCAAUAAUACUAUGCCUGAAACACACUGCGCAACGGCCAGGCUGAUGGAGAUAAAGCGUAAGCCUGCGCCACACUUGAUGUCCCAAAGUCAGAAAUUCGCAUCUCUACCACCGCGACAAAGUCUGAGCCCCCCACCCUCAUGCGGCACCGAUUGCGAUAGCGUUGCUGAGAUUGUGCGAGGCGAGCACGACUUAGACAGUCGCUUCAGCUGGACGACAUACGGAGGAGCAACACCAGCGCGACCUUCUUUUGAUCUUGCCAGUCGCUCAUCCGUGGAGAGACCAUCGACUGGCCGCUCGUUCGACUCUGGAGGGCCACGAAACGGCCAUCCAAUGUCUCGGCUAGGCGCAGAGGCAGCUGUGAGUCGUUUCAGCUGGAGCACAGUGAACACAAGCAUGCCGCCAAACAACCAGAAUCAUGCAGACUCGCCGCCGCCGAGCCCGCGUGCUAUGGUUCCUACCAGGUACAAAACCCCUCCAGUCCAGUCCAUCCUCUCCCGCCAUCGACCCAUCCAACGACAUCAAGAGCGCGAAGAGUGGACUCUACCGCCACGCAAAUCAUCUUCCACUGGGGAGAGAACAGCCGACACUCCAGCUUCUGCGGCCAAGACAAAGCUGAACAUCGUCGUUGCCGACCAGCUCCGUUCCGCGACAAAGGAAAGUCCUGGCUCAGCGAAGAAGUCUUUACCACUCCCACCAGUUAUGAUGUCCCCCGCCAGCCCGAUGAGCCACUUGGAAAUUCUGCUCGCCAGAGAGCAAGACAUGAGCUUGCAGCGUAGGAACAUCGAGAAGGCUAUCGUGGAGAACUCCAAGAUCGAAACCGCGAGUCCCAUGGAUGUUGCUUUCUCCGAAGUUCGCCAGGCGAAGAAAGAGCUCGAGAUCUUACGUGUGAGGUUGGAGGAGAUUCGGCUAGAGGAGCGGGAAAUCGGUAUCGCUAUUGCGCGGGCGCGGAGGAAGGAAGGAUAUGGCGAGGAGGAAGGACUGUGGGUGAGACGAGUGACGGGUUGAGCUGUGAUACUGGGCCCAGACCCAUGUUGUGUUUGUGUUGUGAGCGUGUACUGUGAGAAAGUGAGCUACUUUGCAAGGGAUUGAUUGUGAUUCGGAGCUUCUGAUUGCGGCGAGCGAGCGAGCGAGUUUGGUGUUUUGAGAGCGUUUUACAGAGAUUCAAGGCCAACGAUUGACGAUGAUGGCAAUUAGUGCUAGAGAGG